CAUAUAUUUAUGUAUAUAUUUACUACAUAUAUACAGGCGUAGUUGAAACUAUUCAUAUUCAUCUCGUAUACAUCAGUUACAAAGACAUACAGUCCUAUCAUAAUGGGCAACGAAGUAGAAGGAGACGUGCCUGAGGACGCACCCGAGCACUGUCCAGGGACCGAGAGCGAGCAAGCCGGAAAGGCUAGCGGUUGUGAUGGAUGUCCUAACCAGAAGAUAUGUGCUGACAGCACACCUAAAGGCCCUGAUCCGGAUAUAGACGUAGUUACAGAAAGGUUUAAGAAUAUCAAGCAUAAGAUACUUGUGUUGAGUGGGAAAGGAGGUGUGGGGAAGAGUACGUGCACUGCGCAGCUAAGCUUUGCCCUGGGCAUGGAUGAAGAUAUUCAGGUAGGCGUUGUGGAUGCGGACAUAUGCGGUCCCUCUAUCCCCAAGGCUAUGGGUUUGGAAGGCGAGACAGUACACCAGAGUGGUACCGGAUGGUCUCCAGUGUAUGCCGAUGAUAACAUCGCGUGCAUGAGUGUGGGAUUCUUACUCCCUAACCCUGAUGACGCCGUGAUCUGGCGUGGCCCGAAGAAGAAUGGCAUGAUCAAGCAGUUCUUAAAAGACGUGGACUGGGGUGAGCUGGACUAUUUGUUAGUAGACACCCCUCCUGGUACUUCGGAUGAGCAUCUGUCUGCCGUCCAGUACCUGUCCGGCUGUGGUAUCACUGGCGCGUUGAUUGUCACCACUCCACAGGUAGGAAGAAGCGUUUAA